CCAUGAUGCAACCGAUGUGCUAACAUCUUUAUUUCUUAACACUCGGUAGUUUAUAUUUUGUGUUUUUCUUUCGGUUUUUUUUAUUAUUUUCUUUUAUUCGUGUUGCUUUUGCUUGAUACGUUUGUGAGUUUACAACAGUGAAUUUUAUUUGAUUUUAAAACUGUUUUUACAUUCGAGGUGGAUUUAAAAAAAAAAUUAGUGCAAAAAACUGACAAUUGGAUUCUUUUUCUAUUUUUUUUUCUUCAUUUGAUUCCUCGUUGGAGAAAAAUAAUUAAAAAUCUCAAAAAGUGUGAACUCAUUGUUCGUAGAAUAUUACGUUUUUUUGGGAUUGGAUUCUCAAAAGUGUUUGACUUAAUAAGCCAUGAACAGAAGAUAGAUUGGAAGUUACGAUUGUUGAAUGGAUUUUGAGUUUUUGAAAAGCAGAAAAACAGUUAAUCUGAAUGUUCUUGCGCUGAUUUCCCGCAGAGGAAUUUAAAACAGUUUUGUGAACGGAACAGUGAAGAAGAAUUAUAGCGCUACGAACAUUGUGCAGUUGGCCAUUUUUUGAAAGGAUUUAAUUGGACGAUUUGAUUGAGAUAAGAGAUAUUCAACAAAAUGCUCCGUCGAACAAUGUCCAUGGGCUUUAUUUCAACGCUGCUGUUAACAGUUAGUAUAGCAGCCACAGCCAAUGCUCGUGUAGCUUUCGAAAAACUGACCGACUACGACUUCUCCGGCACCACAUACUACAGUGUGAAAAAUCUGUCGCUGUACGAAUGUCAAGGAUGGUGUCGUGAGGAACAGGACUGUCAGGCAGCCGCGUUCAGUUUCGUCGUAAAUCCAUUGACACCGGCCCAGGAAACAUUGUGUCAGCUACAAAAUGAUUCGAGCGCUCAUAAUCCGAGCGCUGUGGCGCAACGGUCGGCCAGCAUGUACUACAUGGUCAAAUUACAGUUGCGCAGCGAAAAUGUUUGCGUCCGACCGUGGUCUUUUGAACGCGUUCCGAAUAAAAUGAUCCGCGGACUGGACAAUGCGCUGAUCUAUACGAGUACGAAAGAAGCUUGCUUGUCGGCAUGUCUGAAUGAGAAACGCUUCGUAUGCCGAUCCGUGGAAUACGAUUACAACAACAUGAAGUGUGUGCUGAGCGAUUCAGAUCGUCGGACGACCGGUCAAUUCGUUCAAUUAGUCGAUGCCCAAGGAACGGAUUACUUUGAGAACUUGUGUCUGAAACCAGCGCAAGGCUGCAAAAACACGAGAGUCUUCCCCAAUCCCCGAAUCGGAGUGUCGGAUGAAAAAGUCGCCCAAUAUGUCGGUCUUCACUAUUACACCGACAAGGAGUUGCAAGUGACUUCGGAACCAGCCUGCCGUUUGGCGUGUGAAAUCGAAUCGGAGUUCCUGUGUCGGUCAUUCCUGUAUUUAGGGCAACCGCAAGGAUCCCAAUACAAUUGCCGUUUGUAUCAUUUGGAUCACAAAUCGUUGCCGGAUGGCCCAUCAACAUACUUGAACGCUGAACGACCAUUGAUCGAUCACGGUGAACCGACUGGAAAGUACUACGAAAAUGUUUGCGAGAAAUCAGCCCCAUCAUCGGUAGCAUCAACCGAUCCUCCUUUGCUUGACCUCACCGAAGACCCAUCAAUCAACAAUUUAACACGAUCCGAAGCCAAUUGCGACAAAACCGGUACAUGCUAUGAUGUGGCCGUUCGCUGUAAGGACACCCGCAUUGCCGUUCAAGUUCGCACCAAUAAGCCAUUCAACGGACGUAUUUAUGCUCUCGGACGAUCCGAGACGUGCAACAUUGACGUCAUCAAUUCGGACGAAUUCCGACUCGAUUUGACAAUGGGCGGCCAGGAUUGUAAUACACAGAGUGUGACCGGAGUCUACUCCAACACGGUGGUUCUACAACAUCACAGCGUUGUCAUGACAAAGGCCGACAAAAUCUACAAAGUCAAGUGUACGUACGACAUGAGCUCGAAGAAUAUCACAUUCGGAAUGAUGCCGAUUCGCGAUCCCGAAAUGAUUCACAUCAAUUCGUCGCCGGAGGCUCCACCACCGCGUAUCCGUAUCUUAGAUGCACGAAAUCGUGAAGUUGAAACGGUUCGAAUCGGUGAUCGGCUAACGUUCCGCAUUGAAAUUCCCGAAGACACUCCUUAUGGCAUUUUUGCCCGAUCGUGUGUGGCCAUGGCCAAAGACUCAAAGAGCACAUUCCAAAUUAUCGACGAUGACGGUUGUCCAGUCGAUCCAACGAUAUUCCCAGCAUUCACACCCGAUGGCAAUGCAUUACAGUCUGUGUACGAAGCUUUCCGAUUUACCGAAAGUUAUGGUGUGAUAUUCCAGUGCAACGUUAAAUACUGUCUUGGACCCUGCGAGCCGGCUGUCUGUGAAUGGGGACGCGAUUCAGUAGAGUCAUGGGGUAGAAGACGUCGUUCGGUGGCAAGCAACGAAACACAGGAAGACGAGGAGCAAAUGAACAUUUCACAGGAGAUUCUAGUCCUUGAUUUUGGCGAUGAAAAGAAUGAUUUCUUAAAGGCGGCUGAAUCAGAUUUCGACAAAACAGUUACAAUAAUUGAGCCAUGUCCCACAAAAACAUCCGUCCUUGCCCUGGCCGUCACAUGCGCCUUGAUGAUAUUGGUGUACAUUUCGACGAUGUUCUGUUAUUGUAUGAAAAAAUGGAUGCAUCCGCAUAAGUCGAUGGCAUAAAUGCCGGGAGGACUAACGAUAUACGUUUAACAGCGAAAUGAAAUGACGACCAGAAGAAAAAGACUUAAAAAAAAAGACAAAAGUUUUGAACGAGAGAUUAGAAAUUGCGUCCUUAUUAGAAUCGCUCUCGCCGAAGCACAAACAGGAUGACUACAAACAAACAAACAAAAAAUCGAUAUUUUGCACUAAAAAAAAUUGGAAAAAUUUUAGUAAGAUUUAAAUGUUAGAAUUUAUCAAUUCGCAUAGAAUGUAGGACAAUUUUUAAGUUAAAUUUUUAUUUAUUUAAACGACAAACAUUUUUAUGGAAACAAAAAAUAAUUCUUAAAAUACGUAACAACACUCACAUAAUAUACACACGCAAACAGAACACGGUCAUGGUAAAUAUCAUGAUGACGCUUCAUGAAUCCACUUUCUAUUGAGUUUUUGAUUGGUAAAUUUGGAAAGGGAAAUUAUUUUUCCCGUGUGCGUUUUCUUAUGUGACAAAAAGUCCCUCUUUGCCUGAGGUAACUGAGUUUUGUUGCUUCGAAUGAUAGACUGCAUCCAGAGCGGUG